CCUUCUUUACUGUAUAUAGCUUUGACGCCUUCCUCGUCCUUAGAAAAGCAGAGGAAAGGACGUAGAGACAAGAGCAAACAAUGGCCAGGAAAAGGAAUCCCAUCCUUGGGAGGGCAUGGGACAUCAUAGCCCUCUCCAUCUCUCCCAUGACCAAGGUGAAGAAACCCAUCAGCCGAAAACUCCUCCUCUUCAAAAGGUCUAAAAGAUUCAAGCUCCGCAAGCACUACAACUACGCUUUCGUCGGAGAGUACGAGUUCUCCCCUUCCAGCACUCCUCUCGUCCGCCACCCUCGCGCUCCCUUGAAGAAGAAGAGCUGCUUCUUAUCGCUUCUAUGUAGUGGGAAUGACACCGAGUCCAUCGCUGAAGAAGGCAUCGGAGAUGAAUGGGAGAUGCUGUCACCAUGUGCUGAUGAAACGAGGCAAGAGCCAUCCAAGCUUUCAGAGCCAGGGGAAGAGGAUGAUUCAUCAUCUGUUGAUCAGAAAGCAGAGAAGUUCAUAAAGAGGUUCUACCAGGAGAUGAGGAUUCAGAGGCAGGAGUCUGUAAUGAACUACAUGGAGAUGCUUAAUAGGAGUUCUUAGAAUUUUGGCCAUUUUGCGUUUCCCCUCUUUUCUUUGCGGUAGUUUUGGUUCUCCUUUUUCUCUGCAGGUGCCUUUUUAUUGUGUAUGGCUGCAGAGAAGUUUCAUAUCUUUGUUGUUUGAGCUGGUUCGUCUUGAUUUGUUCUGUUAUUUGGAAGUUAUGAUUAGGCUGUGAAAUAUUGUAAGUUGACGUGAGUCAACGGUGCUAUGCAUGGCUUAGUUUUCACUUGGCACAACAAUCUUGUGAAAUAUUGUGCAGUUUUUAUUUGUUUGCUAUAAGUUGGUAGAAUAUGUAUUCCUAUUGCUAUUAAAUUAAUAAAUAAAAGUGAUGAAGUUACUAUUA